AUGCGGUUGACGAUAUUUUCCUCUGCAUUCGCAGUAUUGUCUUGUAUGCUUGGAGUGGUAUCAGCAGCAUCCUACUCGAAUCCUCUUCGCACCUCCAAUGGCGGAGAUCCUAACAUCGUCUUCCACGAAGGGUGGUACUUCAUGAUGGCCACGAAUUUCGUCGACUUGCGCAUGACGAGGGCCAGGACGCUCGACGGCCUGAAGAAUGGCGAGACCAAGCUGGUGUGGGCGGAUUCGACGCCCAGUCGAUGCUGCAAUGUAUGGGCACCAGAGAUGCAUUUCUACUCUUACGCCGGACAACUCUCCACUCCGGGCUGGGCUAUUGAUGGGACGAUUCUCCGCGCAGCCAACAAAAUCUACUUUGUGUACUCCGCUUUCCUCGGAGGUGGUUUCGAGCAGGGCGGUAAGCAGUCUUUGUACAUUACGCCUCUCACCGGUGCAGUCAAAACCGGUGAGCAUAAACUGUUGUCGCAGCCCACUCAAAGCUGGGAACUGGUGGGAAACCCCGUGAAUGAGGGACCGUCCGCAAUAUACCACGGAGGCAAGACCUUUAUUGCCUAUUCCGGAUCAUACUGCUGGACUUCUUCGUAUGCCAUUGGGACGCUCGAAUGGAACGGAGGAGAUCCGAUGCUCGCAUCUAGCUGGAAGAAGUCGGGUCCCCACUUCUCGAGUGCCAACGGGGAGUACGGGACAGGACACAACUCCUUCUUUACCAGUCCUGAUGGCAAAGAGAUCUGGAACGUAUAUCACUCGACUCCGGAUUCGGGAGGCAAUUGCGGUGAGCGCAGAUAUGCGAAUGCGGCUGUCGUCAGAUGGAAUGGAGAUGGAACACCCAACUUUGGUGUCCCAGCAGGAUAUUCGGCUAUGCGACCAGGUCCCAGUGGAGAGUAA